AUGGACGCCCUCAAAAAGGCUCCAAAAUGCAGCCCGAAGUUUUUGACCCACGGACACGUGAAAUCUAUGCCUCCUGACCUCUGCGGGCAGACUGGUGUGGCAGUGGUCGGCGAGGCGCUGCAGGCCUGCCGGCUGGACGGAGGCUCUCUGCUCAGCAUCGGGGGCCCGGAGGAGCAGAGCGCCAUCGAGGAGCUGCUGCAGGAGCUGCGUUCGGGAGCAGUGGGCGGGGCAGGAGGAGGUGCAGCGGAUGGAGAUUUCUGGAUCGGUCUGACCCGGCUGGACGGAGCCGAUGAGACCCGCCCCCAACUCAGCAACACCGUCACCUCCUGUCCACAGCGCUACCGCUGGACCGACGGGAGCCCCGCCCCCUUCAGGAACUGGUAUUUUGACGAGCCGUCCUGUGGAGGAGAGGCCUGCGUUGUGAUGUACCAUCAACCAACUGCCCUGCCUGGUCUGGGCGGAGCUUAUCUCUACCAAUGGAACGACGACCGCUGCAACAUGAAACACAACUUCAUAUGCAAAUACGAACCAGAGAGUCAUCUUGUGAAGGAACAGGGACACACACCUGGGGGGUGGAGCCCAGCUGUUUACACUUAUCUGAGCGUGAGCCAAUAG